UGUCACGUGACUCACCGCGAAGGGGCGGAGUCAAACCGCCCAGACGCUGCCUGGUCGCCUAGCAAUGGCUCAGCCAAGCAACAAGAAGGCUCCGGGUAGCCGGGAGCUUCAAGCCAAGGAGUAUUUAGAAAAACAUCAGAUCAUGGAGUUGUUGAGCCAACUUACCAGCUUCCUCGUCUUUGUCAGACCAAAAGACCCGAGAGAGUACUUAAUCAUUCUUUUGGAACGGCUGAGACUCGCGAAGAGGACAGACCUGACGUACCCGUACUUCAUGAACAGCUCUAACAUCCUGUCCAUGUUUGAGAUGAUGGACUCCUCCGGCAGAGGCUGCAUCUCGUUCGUGCAAUAUAAAGAAGCACUAAAGAACCUGGGUCUGUGUACUGCAGAUGAAGUUUUGAAUGAUGAUGGACAUAUGAUAACUCUGGAGAAAUUCAGGGAUGAAGUGAACAAGAGGAUGGAGAAAAUAUGGUCAGCAUUUUAGCGGCAUCGUAACUCACGAGAAUAAACGAUUCUACCAAGUUUUCAUUUGUCCAGUUUCAUUAAUUCAGAAAUUUCUCAGACAACUUUUAUCCAACUGUCAUUUUUGUCAAACAACCAUUUUCUCAAAGACAUGCUAUUUUCCAUUGUUAGGCCAGUUUGUCCUCAAAUUAAGCAGACUCUCAGAAUCUUGCUCAUCUGGCUUACACAUUCCGACUUCCUUUAAGGCUGCUGUGGCAGGAAGGUACUUGAAAGCUGACUGCAGGACAUCUUCCAGAAGUACUGCAGAAAUGAUGUUUAAAUUCAGAACAUUGCCGGCUUCUACACUGUGUAGGAAGACAAGAAAGAAGGGGGUUGGGGAGGAUCCUCUAUUGCACCAUAGGAUGGCAAUGACCUUUGGAAGGCUACACAGCCAUUUUGACCAUCUGUGUGCCACCCUGGGUCUGCUUUUUCCCUCGGGGAAAACCAAUGUUGAGCCUAUAAAGGCUUUCUUUUUUCUUUCUUUACUUUUCUUUUUUUGGACAAAGUUUCAUGCACUCCAGGCUGACCUUGAACAAGUUGAACAAGGAUGUGUAGCUGAGGAUGACCUUGAACUUCUGGUCUUCCUGCCUUCAUCUCCCAUCUUCUGGGAUCGAAGGUUUCUCCACACACCCAGUUUAUACUGUGCAGGCUCAAACCCAGGGCUUUGUGCAAGCAGCAAGGAAUCUACCAACUGAGCCACAUCCCCAGUCCCUCAAAGCAUUUUGAGUGGAGGCACAUAGCAGAAAAUAUCACCUUUACUUAGCUAAAAGCCAUUAUAUUUUCUUAAGAUUAAUAACAAGACUAAAAUGUAAGUCUACUAACAUAUACUGUAGUGAUUUGAAUAAGAAUCAUUUACAUGAGCCCCUAUAAACUCAUAUAUUUUAAUGCUCAGACCAGGGAGUAAAAUUGUUUGGAAGGAUUAGAAGGAUUAGGUCCCUCUAUCUCUGCCUGCCUGCCCCCUUUCUCUCUCACACUUGCUCUCACUCUCUCUUCCUGUGCAUCUUGAUGUAGCUCUCAGCUACUGCUCCAGUGCCUGCCUGUGUGCUGACACGUGCCUUGUUUAAUGCAUUAAAGCUUUGAAACU